AUGAGCGGCCUCCGAUUCCUCGACCUGAUUAAACCUUUUACGCCCCUCCUCCCGGAGGUGGCAGCCCCGGAAACUAAGGUUCCCUUCAACCAGAAGUUGAUGUGGACGGGGUUGACCUUGUUGAUCUUCUUGGUCAUGAGUCAGAUGCCUCUGUACGGCAUUGUCUCCUCCGACACCUCGGAUCCUCUGUACUGGCUGCGUAUGAUGCUGGCCAGUAACCGGGGUACUUUGAUGGAAUUGGGUAUCACCCCCAUCAUCUCCUCCGGCAUGGUUUUCCAGCUCCUCGCUGGUACCCACCUCAUUGACGUCAACCUGGACCUCAAGACCGACCGUGAGCUCUACCAGACCGCUCAGAAGCUCUUCGCUAUCAUCCUCUCCUUCGGUCAGGCCUGUGUUUACGUCCUGACUGGUCUCUAUGGCCAGCCCAGCGACCUUGGCGCUGGUAUCUGUGUUCUGCUGAUCGUCCAGCUGGUCGUUGCCGGUCUGGUUGUCAUCCUGCUGGACGAGCUGCUCCAGAAGGGAUACGGCCUGGGCAGUGGUAUCUCCCUGUUCAUUGCCACCAACAUCUGUGAAUCCAUCGUCUGGAAGGCGUUCUCCCCCACGACCAUCAACACCGGCCGUGGCCCCGAGUUCGAGGGUGCCAUCAUCGCCCUGUUCCACCUUCUGUUGACCUGGUCCGACAAGCAGCGUGCUCUGCGUGAGGCCUUCUACCGCCAGAACCUCCCCAACGUCAUGAACCUGCUGGCCACUCUCCUGGUCUUCGCCGCUGUCAUCUACCUGCAAGGCUUCCGCGUGGAGAUCCCUGUCAAGUCCUCGCGCCAGCGUGGAAUGCGCGGCUCCUACCCCGUCCGUCUCUUCUACACCUCCAACAUGCCCAUCAUGCUGCAGUCCGCUCUGUGCUCCAACAUCUUCCUGAUCAGUCAGAUGCUGUACUCGCGCUUCUCGGACAACAUCCUUGUCAAGCUCCUCGGAGUCUGGGAGCCCCGCGAGGGAUCCGCCCAGCUGCACGCGUCUUCGGGUAUCGCCUACUAUAUGUCUCCUCCCCUCAACUUCAAGGAGUCUCUCCUCGACCCCAUCCACACCGCCGUCUACAUCACCUUCAUGCUGGUGGCCUGUGCUCUCUUCUCCAAGACCUGGAUCGAGGUCUCCGGCUCCGCUCCCCGUGACGUUGCCAAGCAGCUCAAGGACCAGGGACUCGUGAUGGCCGGCCACCGUGAGCAGAGCAUGUACAAGGAGCUCAAGCGUGUUAUCCCUACCGCCGCCGCUUUCGGUGGUGCCUGCAUCGGUGCUCUCUCCGUCGCCUCGGACCUUCUCGGUGCCCUGGGCAGCGGUACCGGUAUUCUCCUUGCCGUGACUAUUAUAUACGGAUACUUUGAAAUUGCCGCCCGUGAAGGCGACAUCGGAGGAGGUCUCAAGGGCCUGGUUCCCGGCAACUAA